UACACGCGCGCCUCGCCCCCCCUCUGCCAGUCGCAGACAGAGCAGCACAGGCGCCGUAGCCGAGCGAGAGAGAAGAAGAACCCCAGGCAGCAGACCACCAACCCUAGCCACCCAUCUCCUCUCCACCAUGCAGCGCCCGCCGUGUCGCCGCCGCUCGCUGUGACGCCGUACGUCGUCGCCGUCGAACGAACGUUAGCCUAGCGUUUUCUUGGACAGGAAAGAUCAUACAUGGGCGUGCACCGGCUGAGGAAGCAGCACUCGUCCGCAGCGGCAUCGGGGGGCGGCUCGACCGGGAGCGGCACGAUGCCGCCCAAGGGGUGCAUGGCGGUGCGCGUGGUGGGGCCGGUGGGCGGCGGCGCCGGCGCGGAGGAGGAGGAGCGGUUCGUGGUGCCGGUCGGGUACCUGAAGCACCCGCUCUUCGUGGGCCUGCUCAAGGAGGCCGAGGAGGAGUACGGCUUCCAGCAGCAGGGCGCCAUCACCAUCCCCUGCGGCGUCGAAAACUUCCGCCGCGUCCAGAGCCUCAUCGACCACCGCCAGAAGACUGGCGGCGGCGGCAGCAGCCGCGGCCUCGUCUCCGGUGGACACCACCACCACAACCAUGGCUCCUCCUCGGGCCACCUCCCCUUCCACAUCGCCGCCUGCUUCAGGGCGUGAGCGUGUGAUCAAUCGAUCGAUGUGGAUUUAGAUCUUGGUUCUUGCAUCCAAGUUAGCUUUGUCGCCUCUUCUUCUUGUUCGUUGUUUCAGGUCUUUGUUAUUAGAGUAUAGACAUGGUGAGAAAUGAUCGAAGGAUCAUCAAGGCCUGGUUGGGUUGUAGCGUUUGGAUCUGCAUGCUGCAAAGAAUUGAAGCAUCUUUAGGAUUUGUUCU